CUUGACCGUGUCAUCAGUUCCGAAAAUGCAGAAUGGGCAAAAGAGUGUAUUGCCAGGUUAUUGAGCGAUGUUUCCUCCAUUGAAUUUCCUCCUAGUGUCAUGGAAGUUCCUAUCAAAAGUGAGAAAAGAGCGAUUAACCGUUCUGCUAGUACUGGCCACUUCAGUUUACUGGUACCUGACAGAUCAGAAAGUUCACCGCUGGAUCAUAUGACUCGAAAAUCUUCACGUAGAAUAGAUAGAGCCAAAUCAUUCAAACAGCCUGAUAUUGCCACCAUAUCCGAAGAGAGUAAUGGAAUCUCAUGCAACGAUAGGACACAAACAAGACCCCAGGAACCUGGUAGACUGAUUCGAAGAUUAUCUCUAUUGGCACAACCUUUGAAGCGAUCCUUGAGUUUGAUUUCAGAUCGAGGCGCCAACAUGGAAUCCAUGAACAUCAAUCAAGAAAGUGAAAAACGUGCUUUACCGCAAUCAAAGCGAGAAGUUCGAAGGGAGCUUCCGCAAAUUACUCGACCGCCGAAUGGACGCCCGAUGUCGAUGGCCAUGCCAGUACCUGGCUCUUCAAUGCUCGAUCAACCUUCACCUCCUAGAAGAGCAAGAGCCCACCGAAUGUCAAGUAUAGAAGUUAUGCAGUAUUUGAGCAGUAACCUGCUGAAUGUGGAGCAGGAUUUACACCAUGAACGGCUUGAAAAUCUGCAAUCAUCCAGCAGUAGCUGCAAUGCUACUACCAUCGACGAUAAUGCUUCAUCGACCGCCAAUUCCGAAGUGGACUCACCUGAUACCGUUCUUUCGGGCGUAGAAUUUCCUGCUGGCGCGCUUGCUGACUACAAUGCAAAACCAAAACCUAAAGAAUAUCAAGAUCCAUUUAACACGCAACCUCGAAAGCGUUCACUUAAAAGGUCCAUUAGUAGUAUUGAUAUACUUUCUCUCGGAAAAUCGUUGAGACGAAAUUCCAUGAGCCAAGAGGAUAUAUUGCGAAGUAGUACGUUUGGAGGAGGAGGCAAAUCGAAUGCGAAAGGUGUCAGCAAAAGGGAAAUUCAGAGUAUUCUUGCCUGGAAAAAUACCGUUGCUCAGCUCAAUUCAGAAGAUUCCUUUCAACCGCUUCCACCCCUCAGUUACCAGAGUGAUGCGCAACGCAUAAGAACUCAACAAAUUCGGCGCUUUAUCAUCCAGGAGAUUUAUACAACUGAACAAACAUACUUGGAUCACUUGAACAUUAUAAAAACGAUGUUUAUGGAUCCGUUCAUUGCUGCAGCAACUCAAACGGGCCGCCCUCUUGUCAAUCCGAAUGAUAUAUCGACCAUUUUCGCAUAUAUACCCAACAUUAUCGAGGUUUCCAACGUCUUAGCUUAUCGAUUUGAGGCGGUAGCAAAAUCCUGGCAUGAGCAGUCGUCUCUUGUCGGUGCUGUAUUCAACCAAAUGGAGAACGACUUUGAAGUGUAUAUUCGCUAUGCUGUAAACUUUCACCACAGCCAACGCUGCAUUACCCGAGCGCACAAUAAUAUCUUGUAUCGGCGCUUUAUUCAAGAAUCGCUUCGCAAGAAAGAAACCAAUCGGAUGGGCCUGAAUGAUUACAUGAUCAUUCCAAUCCAACGUGUCACUCGCUAUAGUCUUCUUUUGAAAGACCUCAAGAAACAUACUCCACCAAAUCACCCAGAUUACAUUAACAUCGACAAGGCACUCAAGACAAUGACUGGUCUCGCACUGGCCAUGAAUGACGCCCAGAGGAAGCCUUAAUGCAACUCCCUUGCUCGUAUAAUCACCACCUUUUUUUUUUUUAGCACCCCCUCAUUCCCCGAUCGUCAAACUUUUUUAUCUCAUUAAUUCGAGCUCACACCUCUCUUCAUAUGUAACAUUUCUCCCAAGUCUUUCAGGCAUUUUUGCGGCUUUGCAUUUCUUCACUACAGCCAAUGCAAGUGCCUUAGUCUUCCACCUACCCGCUUUUUCAGUUGUUUAAAUUUUUUGGCUAUCCCCACUUGUACAUUUGUUCAACUUGCUUUUCCAGCUAUCCCUUCAGCCAUAUUUUGCCCGCGCUUCAAAUUUCUUCAGUCUGCACCACCGAACCCCCAAUUUUUCCCGUGUCCAUAGAUUCAUCAGUCUUUUGCAUUCGCUUCUUUGCAG